AUGAAAGGUUAGCGCUUCAGUAUUUGUGGUUUAAAAAACGAUCCGAAACGUUCCAAAGGUUUAAGUGCUCCAACAACAUGACAAUAUCACUAAGAUCAUUUUGAGUUAGUAAUAAGAUACAUGUAGAUUAUUACCGAAUGUGAUAUUGUAAUGAUUUAUAUGAAGUGAUGAUAGUUAGUUGAUCUCAUUAAUGGCGCAACAUUUAUGUGUAAAGCGAAUCCAUACACGAUGAACAGAGUGAUUAACUUGACCUUGUCGUUUUAUUGAUUAUUCACAACACCUUAAAAUAGCACCAUCAAAUUUCCAGAAAAAAGGAAAAUCUCCAGGUGAAACGACUGAGAUCUGUGAGACAAACUGCUGUAAAGAUGGAGUUUAUUAAAGAAGAGAUUGAAGACAUCAAUAUUACACAACCAUGCAGAAUAAAAAGUGAAGAUACUGAUGAACAAGGAGAUCUGAUGGAAGUGAAAGACAAAAGUCAAGAAAUUAACGAAGAGACGGAGAGACAUCCGUGUCAAAAACCACAGAAUGUUGUAACUGCAGAAAAAUCUGUUAAUUGCACACAGACCGAAAAUCAAUUCACACCAAAAAUAACCAAAAAAACACGAUCCGAAAAAUCUUUUACCUGCCCUCAGUGUGAAAAGAGUUUCACACGUUUAGGAUACCUUAAGAAACACAUAACAGUCCACACUGGAGAGAAGCGUUUCACAUGUAAUUUGUGCGAAAAGGGUUUCACUCAUAAAGGAAGCCUUAAUGAACACAUGAGAGUUCACACCGGAGAGAAGCCAUUCACAUGCCACCACUGCGGAAAGAGUUUCUCACAUAAAGGAAACCUGAAGAUUCACAUAAGAGUUCACACUGAAGAGAGUUGUUUCACAUGCCCUCAGUGCGGAAAGGGUUAUACAAAUAAAGAAAACUUGAAGUGUCACAUGAGAAUUCACACUGGAGAAAAGCCUUUUGCGUGCCAUCUGUGUGGGAUGAGUUUCACUCGUAAAGUAAUCCUUCAGUCCCACAUAAAAACUCACACUGGAGAGAAGCCUUUCACAUGUCCUCAUUGUGGAAAGAGUUUCAAAGAUAAAGCAUACCUGAAGCGUCACAUGAGAGUUCACACUGGAGAGAAGCCUUACAUGUGCCCUGAGUGUGGAAAGAGUUUCACACAUAAAGGAAACUUUCAGACUCACAUAAGGGUUCACACUGGAGAAAAGCCUUCCACAUGCACUCAGUGUGGAAAGAGUUUCUUACAUAAAGGAAGCCUUAAUGAUCACAUGAGAACUCACACCGGAGAGAAACCUUUCACGUGCACUCAGUGUGGAAAGAGUUUCACAUGUAAAGGACACCUUAAGAAUCACAUAAGAACUCACACUGGAGAAAAGCCUUUUACAUGUGAUCAGUGUGGAAAGCGUUACAAAGUUAUUUCUUUUCUUAAAUAUCACAUAAGAAUUCACACUGGCGAUAGGCCUUUCUCGUGCCAUCAGUGUGGAAAGAGUUUCAUUCAUAAAGGACAUCUUAAUGAUCACCUAAGAAUUCAUACUGGAGAGAAGCCUUUUACAUGCCCUGAGUGUGGAAAGAGUUUUGCACAAAAAGAAAACCUUAAGAGUCACUUAAGAAUUCACACUGAAGAGAGGCCUUUCAUGUGCCAUCAGUGUGAUAAGACUUUCACACGUUUAGGAUACCUUAAGAAACACAUAGCAUUCCACACUGGGGAGAGGCCUUUCACAUGUCAUUUGUGUGAAAAGAAUUUCACACAUAAAGGAAGCCUUAAUGAACACAUGAGAAUUCAUACUGGACAGAAGCCUUUCACAUGCCACCACUGCGGAAAGAGUUUCUCACAUAAAGGAAACCUUAAGAUUCACGUAAGAAUUCACACCGAAGAAAGCCCUUUCACUUGCCCUCAGUGCGGAAAGGGUUAUACAAAUAAAGAAAACCUGAAGUGUCACAUGAGAAUUCACACUGGAGAAAAGCCUUUUGCGUGCCAUCUGUGUGGGAUGAGUUUCACUCGUAAAGUAAUCCUUCAGUCCCACAUAAAAAAUCACACUGGAGAGAAGCCUUUCACAUGUCCUCAUUGUGGAAAGAGUUUCAAAGAUAAAGCAUACCUGAAGCGUCACAUGAGAGUUCACACUGGAGAGAAGCCUUACAUGUGCCCUGAGUGUGGAAAGAGUUUCACACAUAAAGGAAACUUUCAGACUCACAUAAGGGUUCACACUGGAGAAAAGCCUUCCACAUGCACUCAGUGUGGAAAGAGUUUCACACACAAAGGACACCUUAAUGAUCAUAUGAGAACUCACACUGGAGAGAAACCUUUUACAUGUCUACAGUGUGGAAAGAGUUUCACAUGUAAAGGACACCUUAAUAAUCACAUAAGAACUCACACUGGAGAGAAGCCUUUUACAUGUGAUCAGUGUGGGAAAAGUUACACAGUUCAAGCUAGCCUAAAAAAGCAUAUGAAAGUUCAUUCUGGAUAGAAGUGAUACCAACGUUUGAGUGUGCCAAGAGACAAACCUCACCUACACAUUCACGCUGGAGACUGAUAUGAUGUGCAGAUAGGAUACCCUAUUUGUGUUCAUUGUGGGGAGAGAGAACAUACAUCAGUGUGGAAGCUCUUGUGUACCCUAAGAAUGGUAAAACCUUUACCAGAGCAGACUACUUGAAACAUCACCAAUCCAUCAACAGACCCGUUCUUGAGAGAGAGAGAGAGAAAAAAAUUGCUUAUAAAAAGGAGUGAUUUGUAAAUUCUUUUCACCCUAUGCUAUAUUCCAAGCUCUACAAAAACACAUUAUUUGAUUUUUAAUCUCGAAUUACAUUUUUAAAUAUUUGUUUUAUUCAGAUGAUUGCAACAUGCUUGGAUAAAGCUGGGACAGUCGAGUGUUUCCCACUGUGUAACAUCAUCAUUUCUUCUAAUAACACUUAAGCAUUUAAGAACUAAAGACAACAGUUUGUUAUGCUUAGCAAGCUAAAUCUUUCCCAUUCAUCCAUUAUGCAUUGUCUUCAGCUGCUCAAUGGUACAGGGCGUUAUGUUCCAUAUUUUAGGUCAGGAAUUCAACAUCGUGCUCAGGUUGAUUAUGAAUGCAUACAUGUGAGUCCUUAUGUGAAAUAUUGCUUUAUCCUUGUGCUUCUUGGAUAUUCAGUCUAUCAAAUUAUUUUUCUAUUAUUCAAAUUCAUUUGUUAUUCAUUUUUAAGUUAUUAUUCAUGCCUUUCUGAAUAAGGCAUUCAGGCUUUGGCCCCAUCCCUAGUAUCUACUGUCUCAUAAAAAGGCAUUGUUCAAAGUUCAUAUUCAGGUUCAACAUUCUAAGUAGUGUAUAUAUGAUUAAUAAAUCAUUUUGAUAAGUAAACUCUAAAGCCUUUAUUUUGCACGAAAAAGUGAAGAAAUACCUUUACGUUUCUCCUAUUGUGUUUAGGGAUAAAAAUGAACAAAAGGAAUUUACUACCCUGCUUCUUAACUAGAAAGGACCUUUGCAUUGCUAAGAAGUUUCAGUUUUGGGUGAACAAUUCCUUUAAGUCUUGUUUCGCCUGGCACUGUAGCGCGACUUGCGCGUGCAGCCCGAGGCAUUCAUACUUGAUGCGCACCGCGGUUGCACUCUUCUCCAAACGACAGAUGAACCUGUAGUAGGCUUUUAACAUUGUCUGUCAGUGGCUAAACUCAAACACUUUUAUUUGUUAACAGUUAACAUACUUGUGUUUUAUAUUUUAUAGCCUAGUCUAGAUAAGUCCUACAUUUAAUACAAUUGUAUGUACUUCAGUUUCUUUAAAACACACAUUAAUAUUUAUUUAAAAAAAUAUAUAUUUUACACAGUAUAAAAUAAACGUGCUAUUCAGUUAUAUAGUAAUGAGACCAAACUUUAGUGUAUUGUUUAACCCUUUUUGUUCAAUGUACGAAAUGGUGGAUAAAUAAGGUUGUCUUCCUGAACAAGAAUAACUAAGAAGAUGCAACAGAUAUUUUCACUGUGGAAGAAUUAUUUGCAGUUUACUUAUCAAAAGCACAGGCACAUCUGCCCAGCCCCUUCCCUAAAAUUCAUCUAAUGGGAUUGUAGGAACCCCCCCAACCCCAAAAAAAUGAAUUCACGACCAUAAGAAACGAAGCUUUGCGGAGGCCAGGCGACAGCCGCAGUGAUGUCAAUUUGUGCGUUCAAACCCUCACAAACAAGCAGCAGGCUUUAAAGUCUCUUAGCUGAGAUCCUUGUACAGUUGAGGUAAUAUUGUCUGCAGAUUGAUCAGCUUGAAUGUCUCCUGUUUUGGUGACUCUUUGAUUCUUUAUUCUAUGUGGCUUUUCUAAAGCUACUGUAUGGUCUCUUUUCCUAACUUACUCUCAAGUAGUAUUCCACAUGCAUACUAGAUUCAACUUUGUCAUAUAAACUAUCUGUAACAUAAUCAUAUAAUAAGAAACCAUUUGAAGUUUGUAAUCUUUAAUACAUUACUGUUAAUAAACCCUUUCUCCUCCAAACC